AUGCCUUGCCUUUACAUCACCACCAACGUUAACUUAGAUGGAAUUGACACCAACCCUAUCUUUUCUGAAGCCACCACUGCUGUCUCUACGAUCAUCGGAAAACCUGAAAAGUUUGUGAUGGUGGUAUUGAAAUCUUCAGUGCCAAUAUCAUUUGAGGGUAACAAGGAAGCAGCAGCAUAUGCUGAGAUAGUUUCAAUGGGUGGCAUAAAUUCAGAAGUGAAGAGGAAGCUGAUUGCCACCAUUGGAACCAUUUUGCAGUCCAGGUUUUCUAUCCCAAGAACACGGUUUUUCCUCAAAGUCUUCGAUACCACUGCAUUUUCUACCAAAUCCAAAAUCUAA